AUGAAUAUCAUUUUUGUUCUCGUCCUUGCUGGGACAUGCGCGGCUGCGCCACAAUUCUUUGCUCAACCAGGAACGAUCUAUGCACAUCCAGCCGUACUGUUAAACUCGGCAAUGGAAAAUACUUUACCAUAUCACCUAAAAAACGAUUUUUAUAAAAAUCCACGAAUCGCUUCUGGACUUGCAAAAGAAUCGUGGUUCACUGAUAAAGAAAUGCAGGUAAUCGAUCGCGACACGGACAAAAUACCGCGGGAAAAAAUAUUCGACGUUUUGCAUAACGCUGGUCUUGCUCGUAAAUAAUAAUCUCAGAUAUAUUUUAUUGAAAUCUUUCUAAUGCCAUAAUGCGAUGAAUAUAACAAGUUUAUAUUGUAAAAAACUCGUUGCAUGAACGAAUUAACAUGUGGUAUCUAUCAAUUCUAAUGUGCAUAAGACGUAUUUAUUUAGAUAUUUUUUUGUUUUUUAUGAAUUUGUUUGUAGUGUCUCUCACAUUUGUAGUUGAUUAGUAAAUUAUAUAUAACGUCGUAACUAUGUUUUUAUGUAAAAAUUAGAAUUUAUUAAACGAAUAUAACGUUCCUGCAAGGGCUGUGAACAAGAAAGAUAUUAAUUAUAAUACUAAUGUUUUACUAUAAUCUUUUAUAAACAAUUAACGCGUAAAAAAUAAUUAGUAGACAAAACUGAAUUUUGGUUUACUUAAUAUUUAUCCUGUUUGUCAUAAUGCUAAUUUAUUAUCAAUAAGAAUAAUGUGUGUAUAAAAAUAUAAAAACAUAAUAA